AUGAAUCCUACAAAUGAUGAUCCAAUGUUUGGGACCAUUUUUGACUGGGACUAUCUCUUAUGGGAAGUUCGUUUGACAUUUCUAGCUGCUGGUUUUUUAAUCUACUUGGGAGUGUUCCUUCUGUCUCACUGGUUGUCGUCAUGGAUAAGCACCACUUACCGUGCCUUGUAUGCGAAGGAGAAGGUGUUUUGGAACAUGGCAGUCACACGUGGUGUCUUUGGGCUUCAGAGUUGUGUUGCAGGGUUAUGGGCUUUGCUCAUUGAUCCUGUUUUUUAUGCUGACAAAGUAUAUUCACAGCAAAAGUGGAGUUGGUUUAACUGUUUAAUAGCUGCUGGAUUUUUCUUGCUUGAAAAUGUAGCUGUUCACAUCUCCAACAUUGUUUUUAGAACAUUUGAUGUGUUCUUGGUAGUUCAUCACUUGCUUGCUUUUGGUGGCUUGGCGGGUCUAGUAAUUAAUGUGAAGUCUGGACAUUACCUGCCCUUAAUGGGAAUGUUGCUGGAGAUGAGUACUCCCUCAACAUGCAUUUCCUGGAUGCUCCUAAAGGCUGGCUGUGCUAACACCUUUUUCUGGAAGGCAAACCAGUGGGUGAUGAUCCACCUGUUUCACUGCCGCAUGAUUCUCACUUACCACAUGUGGUGGGUGUGCAUUUUCAAUUGGAAUUCUGUGGUAGAAAACCUGGGACUUCUCCAUUUUAUUGUCUUAUUUUCGGGACUGUUUGCUGUUACACUAAUACUUAACCCAUACUGGACAUACAAAAAAACUCAGCAACUCCUCAGCCCAACUGACUGGAAUUUUGAAAAUAAAGCAAUGGAAAAUGGAAACUUAAAUGGAAAAACACAUCAAAAGAAGAGGAUAUAACACCGAAACAGUAGACUGGCAGAAGACUACAAUGCAAUGUAACUCUUUGCCCAUGAUGUAGGAGCUUUUUCAAGAAGCUCAUUAAUACAGUGAUUCUUGAUUCUAAAUUCUAAAUUCAAGAUUCCUUGCUAGUUGUAUUCUGUAAGCACCAGAAGUAUUUGCAAGCACUGUUUGUAUUUCAUCUGUGCAUGCACAUAAGACCUUCAACCACUUAGUUGUGAAUUACACCAAAAAUUUUGUCAGGUUGGACAGUAUAGGAGGGGCAUGCUCUCUAAUGCCAUCCUUUGUCCUAAUGCUUCGAAGUGUCUUUACAGUUAAUUUAUCUCAC